AUGGCAAUUUCCAUGAUCACGAUCAUUACACCAUUGAUGAUGAUUAUCUUCCUCAUAAUAAUCUCUCCGUCGACCUGCACUCCUCCGGAGGAUCCGAUCCGCUGCUCUAAUUCUUCCGCCAACUGCACCAUCACCAACUCCUACGGCGCCUUCGCCGACAGGUCCACGUGUCGCGCAUCCAGCGCAACAUACCCCACGACGGAGGAGGAGCUCAUCUCCGCGGUGGCCGAGGGGACGAGGGCGCGGCGGAAGAUGAAAGUCGCCACCCGCUUCUCCCACAGCAUCCCCAAGCUGGUCUGCCCCGACGGCGACGACGGGCUGCUCAUAAGCACCAAGUUUCUGAACCGGGUCCUCGCCGUCGACAGGGAGGCGAUGACGGUGAGCGUUGAGAGCGGGGUGACGCUGCGGCAGCUGAUAGAGACGGCGGCGGAGGCGGGGAUGGCGCUUCCCUACGCGCCGUACUGGUGGGGCUUGACGGUGGGCGGGAUGCUGGGGACUGGGGCCCACGGGAGUUCUCUGUGGGGGAAAGGAAGCGCCGUGCAUGAUUACGUGGCGGAGGUGACGGUGGUGAGCCCUGGGACGGCGGCCGACGGUUAUGUGAAGGUUAGGAGGUUGACGGAGGGCGAUGGUGAGAUCAAUGCGGCCAAGGUGUCGCUCGGCGUUCUCGGGGCUAUUUACAAGGUGACAUUCAAAUUGCAACCCUUGUUCAAACGAUCCCUAACUUACGUGGAGAAAGAUGACAAUGACUUCGGAGAUGAGGCUGUUACGUUUGGAAGCAAACAUGAGUUCGCUGACUUGACAUGGUUUCCCAGUCAAGGCAAAGCCGUCUACAGAAUCGACGACCGCGUUCCUUCCAACACUUUAGGAAACGGCGUCUACGAUUCCGUUCCCUUUCGUUCUACACUCUCUUUCGUCUUGGCCGUCGCUAGAUCCGCCGAGGAAACUCAAGAAUCCACCAAUGACGCCACCGGGAAAUGCCUGAGCGGCAUGCUCCGUACAUCGGUCCUUCACUCAGAGGCCUUCGGUCUAACCAACAACGGUCUAACCUUUACCGGGUACCCUGUAAUCGGCUACCACAACCGCCUCCAAGCCUCGGGAACCUGCCUCGACAGCCCAAAUGACGGUCUAACCACUGCCUGCCCGUGGGACUCGAGGAUCAAAGGCGAGUUCUUCCACCAGACCACCUUCAGCAUUAGUCUAUCCGUCGUCAAAGACUUCAUCCAUGACGUCCAAUCACUCGUCGCCAUGGACCCAAAGUCGCUAUGCAUUUUGGACCAGUACAACGGCAUCCUGAUGCGCUACGUGGCGCCUUCCAUGGCCUACCUUGGGAAACAAGAAAACGGGCUAGACUUCGACCUAACGUACUACAGAAGCAAGGACAGUACAAUGCCAAGAAUGUUUGAGGACGUUCUUGAGGAGAUCGAGCAGAUGGCGGUGUUCAAGUAUGGUGCAUUGCCGCAUUGGGGGAAGAAUCGUAACGUGGCGUUUGAUGGGGCGAUAAGGAAGUAUCUACGUGGUAAGGAGUUUUUGAGGGUGAAGGAGAAGUAUGAUCCGUUGGGUUUGUUUUCGAGCGAGUGGACGGACCAGGUUCUGGGGUUGAAAGGUGGGUUGAUGAUUAUGAGGGAUGGGUGUGGGUUGGAAGGUUUAUGUGUUUGUUCGGAAGAUAGGCAUUGUGCGCCCAGUAAAGGGUAUUUCUGUAGGUCUGGGAAGGUUUAUACAGAUGCUAGGGUUUGCAGUAAUAGGUCAGUUAGUUGGGAUUGAUAUUAAGGUGAAACAAAUAUGUAAUAGAUACAAAGGAAUGUAUUA